CUGCCUCUGGAGAGGGUAGCGUAACUAGUCCCUCCUGCCUGACUUCUGGAGUCCAGCCCUCUGUGGAUGUUCAUAGAACUCAUUUAGAAGUGAAAAACUAAAGGCAGCCAGGGACUUCUGGGAGAUAAAAGCAGCAGCAAGUUGGACAGGAAGCAUAUGCAGUGCCCUGCACACACCUGGGCUGCAGCCCCCAAAUUCUCUAACCCUCAUUCAUGCAGUCAAUAGAAACAUGCCACCAUCUCCCACGGGCCAGACACUGUUCCAGGCACUGGCCAUUGCAUGCUGAACAAAGCACACACGAAUCCCAAGAAUGAAGACUCCAUUCUAGUAAGAGAAGACCCACAAGAAAAAAAAAAAUUGAUUAGUGAAAAACACAUCGUGUUAGUUGAAGUGCUAUAGACAGGAGGGAUGGCGUGUGCCGUGGGGUUUCACUAAAUAGGAAAGUCAGGGUAUGUCUCGCUGAGAGGAUGAAGGAAGAUAAAUUUGAUUAUUUAUAGUCCUGGUGGGCUGUAAGGAGCAGGGCGUCAGCCUGAGCCUUCCCUGAGGCCUCCUAGGUCGGGGAGCGGAGAGCAGGGGCGGGCCGGUGCAGUUCUCCAAGAACAUCACCAGGGGGAGCCCGGACCCCUCCCAGCGCCUUCUGAGCCCUCCCGCACAGCCUUGCAAGCAAAAGUUUUUCUUAAACUAACAAUGCCAGUGUAAGGAGGUGCUCGCGCCUGAUUGGACGGGGGAAUUUUGCAGGUUUGAUUCCUUGAUUGGACAGGAGGUGUUAGGGGUGGGGAGAGAGCUGAUGGUGGGGGAUCCCGCGCCCUCCCCCGUCAGUCUGGCCGGCUCUGUCCUCUCGUAGGCUCGGCUGUAGCUCGCAAUGUGACACCAGGACGCACACGCACUCGCGCGCUCUCCCCGGCUCGCACUCCCUCACCCUCUCUCCCUCUCUCUCACACACCCGCACGCACACACCCACCUCUCCCAUAAACACACACACACACAUGCACACCCACACCCACGCGCGCCCGCACCGCCCCACGCGCGCACACUCCCGCCCACGCCCACGCCGCGCUCCGGGGAGUCCGGUCCCGGCCAGAGCGCGAAAGGAUACGGAGAAGCCACCGGCGGGGAGCGCAGCGGCGCCCCGGGACGCGGCGCCCUCCCCGCGCGGCCGCCUCGGCUCGGGCUCCGCCUGGGGGCCGCCGGCCGGCGAUGGCCCUGGAUUGCCUGCUGCUGCUCCUCCUGGCAUCCGCAGCGGCCGCAAUGGAAGAAACUUUAAUGGACACCAGGACGGCUACUGCAGAGCUGGGCUGGACUGCCAAUCCUGCAUCAGGGUGGGAAGAAGUCAGUGGCUACGAUGAAAACCUGAACACCAUCCGCACCUACCAGGUGUGCAAUGUCUUCGAGCCCAACCAGAACAACUGGCUGCUCACCACCUUCAUCAACCGGCGGGGGGCCCAUCGCAUCUACACGGAGAUGCGCUUCACUGUGAGAGACUGCAGCAGCCUCCCCAACGUCCCAGGCUCCUGCAAGGAGACCUUCAACCUGUACUACUAUGAGACUGACUCCGUCAUUGCCACCAAGAAGUCGGCCUUCUGGUCCGAGGCCCCCUACCUCAAAGUGGACACCAUUGCUGCAGACGAGAGCUUCUCCCAAGUGGACUUUGGGGGAAGGUUGAUGAAGGUCAACACAGAAGUCAGGAGCUUUGGACCUCUCACGCGGAAUGGUUUUUACCUCGCCUUCCAGGAUUAUGGAGCCUGUAUGUCUCUCCUGUCUGUCCGUGUCUUCUUCAAAAAGUGUCCCAGCAUUGUGCAAAAUUUUGCGGUGUUCCCAGAGACCAUGACUGGGGCAGAGAGCACAUCUCUGGUGAUUGCUCGGGGCACAUGCAUCCCCAAUGCAGAGGAAGUGGACGUGCCCAUCAAACUCUACUGCAACGGGGAUGGGGAGUGGAUGGUGCCCAUCGGGCGCUGCACCUGCAAGCCUGGCUAUGAGCCCGAGAACAGCGUGGCCUGCAAGGCCUGCCCUGCAGGGAUGUUCAAGGCCAGCCAAGAAGCUGAGGGCUGUUCCCACUGCCCCUCCAACAGCCGAUCCCCUUCGGAGGCAUCUCCCAUCUGCACCUGCCGGACUGGCUAUUACCGAGCGGAUUUUGACCCCCCGGACGUGGCAUGCACUAGUGUCCCCUCCGGCCCCCGCAACGUCAUCUCCAUCGUCAACGAGACAUCCAUCAUUCUGGAGUGGCACCCUCCUCGGGAGACCGGUGGGAGGGAUGAUGUGACCUACAACAUCAUCUGUAAAAAGUGCCGGGCGGACCGCCGGAGCUGCUCCCGCUGCGACGACAAUGUGGAGUUUGUGCCCAGGCAGCUAGGCCUGACCGAGUGCCGCGUCUCCAUCAGCAGCCUGUGGGCCCACACCCCCUACACCUUCGACAUCCAGGCCGUCAAUGGGGUGUCCAGCAAGAGUCCCUUCCCCCCGCAGCACGUCUCUGUCAACAUCACCACAAACCAAGCUGCCCCUUCCACUGUUCCUAUAAUGCACCAGGUCAGCGCCACCAUGAGGAGCAUCACCUUGUCAUGGCCACAGCCGGAGCAGCCCAAUGGCAUCAUCCUGGACUAUGAGAUUCGGUACUAUGAAAAGGAACACAACGAGUUCAACUCCUCCAUGGCCAGGAGCCAGACCAACACCGCACGGAUCGAUGGCCUGAGGCCCGGCAUGGUGUACGUGGUCCAGGUGCGCGCCCGCACCGUGGCCGGCUACGGCAAGUUCAGUGGCAAAAUGUGCUUCCAGACUCUGACGGACGAGGACUACAAGUCUGAGCUGCGGGAGCAGUUGCCCCUGAUUGCUGGCUCGGCUGCAGCCGGGGUCGUGUUCGUCGUGUCCUUGGUGGCCAUCUCCAUCGUUUGCAGCAGGAAACGGGCUUACAGCAAAGAGGCUGUGUACAGCGAUAAACUCCAGCAUUACAGCACAGGCCGAGGCUCCCCAGGGAUGAAGAUCUACAUUGACCCCUUCACUUAUGAGGACCCCAAUGAAGCUGUCCGGGAGUUUGCCAAGGAGAUUGAUGUCUCUUUUGUGAAAAUCGAAGAGGUCAUCGGAGCAGGAGAGUUCGGAGAGGUGUACAAGGGGCGCUUGAAACUUCCGGGCAAAAGGGAAAUCUAUGUGGCCAUUAAGACGCUGAAGGCCGGGUAUUCGGAGAAGCAGCGUCGGGACUUUCUGAGUGAGGCAAGCAUCAUGGGCCAGUUUGACCAUCCCAACAUCAUUCGCCUGGAGGGUGUGGUCACCAAGAGCCGGCCCGUCAUGAUCAUCACGGAGUUCAUGGAAAACGGCGCUUUGGAUUCUUUCCUCAGGCAAAAUGAUGGACAGUUCACGGUGAUCCAGCUGGUGGGGAUGCUCAGGGGCAUCGCUGCGGGCAUGAAGUACCUGGCUGAGAUGAACUACGUGCACCGGGACCUGGCUGCGAGGAACAUUCUGGUCAACAGUAACCUGGUGUGCAAAGUGUCUGACUUUGGCCUUUCCCGCUACCUCCAGGAUGACACCUCAGACCCCACCUACACCAGCUCCUUGGGAGGCAAGAUCCCGGUGAGAUGGACGGCUCCAGAGGCCAUCGCCUACCGCAAGUUCACGUCCGCCAGCGAUGUCUGGAGCUACGGGAUCGUCAUGUGGGAAGUCAUGUCGUUUGGAGAGAGACCCUACUGGGAUAUGUCCAACCAAGAUGUCAUCAAUGCUAUUGAGCAGGACUACCGGCUGCCCCCACCCAUGGACUGCCCAGCUGCUCUACACCAGCUCAUGCUGGACUGUUGGCAGAAGGACCGGAACAGCCGGCCCCGCUUCGCAGAGAUUGUCAACACCCUGGACAAGAUGAUCCGGAACCCGGCAAGUCUCAAGACUGUGGCAACCAUCACCGCAGUGCCUUCCCAGCCCCUGCUCGACCGCUCCAUUCCAGACUUCACGGCCUUCACCACCGUGGAUGACUGGCUUAGUGCCAUCAAAAUGGUCCAGUACAGGGACAGCUUCCUCACCGCCGGCUUCACCUCCCUCCAGCUGGUCACCCAGAUGACAUCCGAAGACCUCCUGAGAAUAGGGGUCACCUUGGCAGGUCAUCAGAAGAAGAUCUUGAACAGCAUUCUGUCUAUGAGGGUCCAGAUGAGUCAGUCGCCAACGGCAAUGGCCUGAGAACUCUUGUUUCCCGUGGGGAGGAGAGGAAGGAAAAGGACCAGGCUCAAGGGAAAACCAGAGAUGGACCACCGUGGAAUGUUUGGGAGAGACUGGCCUCUCAGCUGAGAAAUGCAUUCUCAUCCAUGAAGAAUAAACUGGACCUGUUCCUAAGAGGCAGUCUUUGUUUCUCAGCGACAGACACACAUUUAAGACGCCAUGGGAAACCAACUAUGUAAUAAUAAAAAUAUGAAAAGGCGAUAUGCUCAGAGGAAGUGAAGAGAAAACAAUAUGCAUCGGGGGACCAAGAGUGAACUCAGCCUGCACCCUCAGCGGGCUGGAGUCAUGCACCGACAGGAAGAAAGGAAAGGAGGUAAAGGGAAGAAACAGAGGCAGUUUCCCAUUUUCUUCCUCACCAAUGACGUUCUUUUCUUUUCUCCUUCUGUCCUCCUCCCCAAGAGUCCGCUCCCUUCUCCCACAUCCAUUUCCCUUUGCUCAUGACUCGUGUAGGGAAGUUUCUUCAAACAAACCCCAGCUCCUGCGUCUCCAGAUGUUCUGUCAGUUGCCAAAGGACUUUGCUGACCACUGCAUGGGGGAUCCAACCAAUUCAAUUAAUGUCUUCAUAUUGAAGAAGAGAUGUACCUUCAAUUGAAAACCUUGUUUUUCUUUUGUUUGCAUUUUCUGCAAAAAGGAGAAAGAAACCACAAAUUGGAAAAAAAAAGAAAAAAGAAAAAAAAAAGAAAAACCUGUUUCCGUGUGCGAGGGCACGCCUAUGUAUGUCUGUGUUAUAAAAUGACUGCUUGUCCAUAACAGAUGCAAACAAGAAAGAAUUGGGAGGUCAUUGCCCCUGGAAAAUUCAAAGGGGCCCGGGCGAGUUGUUGGUUUGGUUUUCCGGUUGGCCCAAUUGGCCUAUUGGCUUCAUGGCGAGAGAGAGAGUAGGGAGAAAAAUCAAAUGAAAAGGGGGAAAAAAAAAACUCUGGAGAGCUUGUGAGUUCAGACAGGAAACAGGUGAGUCGUUUGAAUUGGAUGCAGUGUGGGCCAUUGUAGAAUGACACUGACUGAUCAUUAUUAUUCGUGGUAACAUCUGAAGAGAAGGAGAAGGAAGGUGUUUCUGGAUAAUGUUCUUCCACAUUCCUGGAAUCUGCAAGGCAAGAGGUUGCGGCGGAGAGUUCUUCCUCCCAGUCUGGGGACUGGCUGAAGCUGCGUGGCAUCCGAGGAAUGUUUCAGAUAUGUCUGUGUUUCUCUGCAUUCCUUCCUGUACCUCAUCGUUCAAUUCACUUUUGUAAAUUCCACCUAACAUUUAAAUAUUUUUAAUUUCUCCUUUGACCUUAAUCUCCUUGCUAAUUUUAUCUGUCUAAUUAAAAUGAGCAGAAGCAUGUCCGGGUUUACAUAGAACGGUGUCAGAGUGUGUGUUCCCAGACGCCAGUGAGUCCCACCACCACCCCUCCUCGAUGGGAGAAUCCUUAACAACCACCCUUCGUCCCCUGAUAGGGAACGGAGGGAGUACAUCCUGGACCUCGGGGCUCCUGAGAAGCAGCGUAUGUGAGCUCACCCUCCCCGCUGUCACCCAAAGGAAGAACUAAAUAAAUAGCAGGCUCCCAGGCUUCAAAUAAGUGGCGUAGGAAGUCACUGGCAAAUAAAUAUAAUCACCAGUAAUACAGGUACAUGGUCUGCCCUGAGCCCAGUUUACACAUUGCAUUGGGAAGGUCAUAUCCAGGCUGAUUUUGUGAACACAACUCAAGACUAUUCUAGGCUGCGUGCUGGGAGGGUCUGCGAACACGCAGUCAGAGGAGGGUGUGUGAGGCAGGGAAAGUAGUUAUGUUGCUUUUUUCACAAGUAUUUAAGGUGAAAGGAGGCUUUUUCCUAUACCCAGGUGACUUUGUACUUGGCCAGAUUCUUACCUUCUGAGGCCCCUUCAAAGAGGCUCAUAGGUUUGCAGGUACAGCUCUGAUGCAGGGGAUCCCCAUCUUAAAGCCCCACUCUUUGCUUAGAGGGGGCGAGAGAAGAGGGACAGAACUGUUGGCAGGUUGGUAUAUGGUGGCAAAGGGCCCCCCUCCAGCCAUGUAGCAUGUAGAAGAGAAAACUUCCCUUAUUAACAGCUUCCCAGUUCCAUGCACAAUUUGCUAAAUACCCCAAAGACCUCAAUCCAUGCCAUGUUUUACAAACCUAGGCAAUUCAGCAAAUCUACUAUAAGUUUUCCAUGGGAAUGAAUUCUAAUUGGUCACCAAAUUCCUCAGGCAGCCUUGAAAUCCUCACUGUGCCUCCACCAAGGCCAGUCCACCUUCUGGCUAUGGACAAAGCAAGGUUAAGCUAAGGCCAUGUCACAUCCUUUGGUUAGGUUUGUCCACAAAAGAGAGAAAGAACUCAAAGUACACAAGGAGAAAGCCUAAAGGCCAGGGUGCUUUAAGGCUAGGUCUUCAUCGUCAAGUCUGGACACCCCUCUUCCUUGGAGAUGCCGAGCAAGGCUUCACAGGCCAGGCUGGUCCCCUCCACCGCCCCCAGUGCAGUGUGUUUGUGAUGAGUGAGACCCUGUGCAUUCCCUCUGAGCACGGGGUGGACCUCAGUUUCCACAUGUGUAUAGUCAGUGGGUGGUGGCUACUCCAGGGCAGACUGUCUGUGCCAGGGACGUUUCUGAGUGUUUUACCUGUAUGAACUCUUAGCAGAUGCUUUAUGGUCCCCUGUUCCCAGGUGAGGAAACUGAAAGAGAAAGACCUAUCCUAGAUCACACGGUGGUGGAGCCUGGCUCAGGCUCUGUGACUCGUGCUCUUAACUUUCAUUCCAGCAGGGCUUACACUGGGUUGUGUGUCAGCAUCAUCUGGAGGGUGUGUUGAAACAUACAUCCCACUCUUGCCAGUUCAGUAGAUCUCAGGAGGGGAACCCAAGAAUGUCUCGUGGUGCUGACAUUCUCUCCUGUGUCUGGUGGUGCUGAUGCUGCUGGUCCAGGGACCGCAUCUGUGCUAACCUAACUUCCUAACAGUUAGUGACAUAAAACCCUUGACUCAGGUAUAGGCAGCGAGGUUCUCGAGCUACCCGGGAAGAAGGGAAUGGACACUCACUCACACUCAUGGGCUUGAGGGAUGGGAGAGACUGGUCUCCUGCAUGAGGCAUCUGUGCCCAUGGGCGCUUUGGCCCCAGGGGACUUCACUCACACCCUCAAAAGAGCACUCUGGGGAAAAGGCUGCUAGCAGCAAGAUCCCACCCCCUGAAUUUCAGUUAGACAGGCUGCCUCAUCAUCUUGCCGAGAAUUAGUUCUAAUUCAGAUCUUUUCUCUUCUUGUAAAGUUUUUUUUUUUUCUUUUUGGCCACUCAUGUGCAAGUUCCUGAGCCAGAGGUCGAACCCAUGCCACAGCAGCAACCCUGGACACAGCAGUGAGAAUGCCAAUUCUUAACUCACUGUGCUACCAGGGAACUCCUCAGACCCUUUCUCAAAGGUGCACUUUGCAUGGUGGUCAGUGGCCUGGGGCCCUGAGAGCCAGGCUGAAGAGAUAGAAUCUACAGCUGUGCUGUGCAGCCCAGGCUAGGGCUCUCAGGGGACCUCUGCCAGGCACACCUGCAGCCACCAAGUGUCAUGGGGGUGGGGACAACAUAGGAGGCAGGUGGGAGAUGCUUAAUUAGUGUUUCUGAUCAGGAAUAAUAGGAAUGAAGGCGAUUUGGGGAAAAGCUUUGGAGACUAUGACUUACCUCCCUGUGCCCUCUCCCCGCUCCUCUCCUGUACUGGGAUAUAGGGAUGAUGGAUAAAGAGUAGAUAAAUCUAUAGAGUAUGUGCUUGCGGCAUCAUCUGAAAAUAACUGAAGUUCUGAGAUUUGAACAGGCGCCCAUACUACGAAGAUCAUAGGCCUCCUUCCACCUCCCUGUAUCUCUCCUCAAGUUAUGUGCAGUGCCAGUCACUUGCUUCACAUCAAGAACUCCUAGGAGAAUUUAAAUCAAAUGAGGAUUCAAAGUUUCCCUUGACUAUCCAUUUCUGAAGAGAACUGAAACCAGUGAGGAUUGAGAACUAGGACUCCAGGAAUGAUGGGGGGCAGGAAGAACGAGACAGGCCGGAGAGUGAGAACCCAUGAAGCAUCAAUUAACAACGAUGUUAACAGCUAUGUCUGGUCUAUGAAGGCCUUUGUGAGCUGGCCUGGGGCCCUCAUUAUCAUUUUUGAAAUGAUGGCGGCUCUGGUUUCACGCGACUCAGCAUGAUUAAUUCCCCAGAAAGUGAAGCAAGGGAGAAGUGCUGUGUGACGGGGCCCCAGCAGCAAGCAGGCACCAUCCAGUGCUCACUGCCAGCAGGAAGGCUCUGAGGGCACUUAAGAUCCCCGUCAAAGGGGGCCCUUCGUUCACUGCCACACCUUUCAGUUCAUAGAGGAGUCACAGGGUCAUUUUCAAAAAGAGCCAGAGGUUUUGUAUUGUCUAAAAGAUCGAUGGGCCUGGGGGAUGGUGGUGGGGGGGAAUGACUGAGGUCACAUAAAGGUCAUCAGAUGGAGGAAGUUCACACUGGAAGGUCAUUCAAGUUGAUCGGGUCAAAUGGCAAAGUAUUCACCAGCAAGGGGUCUCUUGAGAUGCAAUUUUCCAGAGAACAGAAGAGGUGCACUGAAGUUUGAGAACAAACUCCUGGUCCCUCACAGAGAGCACCUGGGGGUGACUGUGGGGGACAAUGUGUUCUGCAGACCCUGAUUUGGGGUGGGUGGGAUGGACAGCCCCAUGGGCAAUAGCAGGUAGACCUGGACCAUGCACCUGAGAGAAAAGAAGAGCCCUUCACGCCUUCCCUGCCACACCUGUACCUUCCUGGGCUGACCAUGUCAUCACAGGCUCUGUUGCUGGGAGUCAUGAUUGGCACAUGGCAUUCCCAGAGAGAAUCUUCCAGUGGUCCCCAGCGUGAGAGGGGACACAGGGCUCAUCCUAUUCACCUCUGUGCCCGGCACCCAACACGCUGCCUCACACAAAGAAGUUGCCCAAAACCUAUUUGAUGACUUAAGUAAGUUGGAGUUGAGAAAGUCUAACAUGUCAUACGUCACCUACAGAGGUGCAUGACCUUAAACAAUGUGCUUUUAAAAGAAAUUAAUCCCUAGAUAUUUGGUUGGAAUCUUCCUCACGCUUAACUGUGAUCAAUUGUAGGCUCUUCUAAUUUUAGUUUCUUAAAGUUUAACACACUUCUUUUCAACUCUGCAUCUUUAAUGUGAUGUCAUGAACUUUCCCAGAGCACCAGCCGGGAAAGCAGCCUCCCACCGAGUGUCAGUCACUGUGCAAAGUUCCCGAGAUGCAGAAAUGAAAGCGGCACCUUCCCCGGGACAGGAGAGGCAAAUCAGAAGGGCAGUGAAGCACAGUGAGCAGCACAUCCUUCUGAAAGCAGAACAAGGCUGCGCUUCCUCCAGGAUGACGUCCAGCUGGGCAGAGAGAAAGGACAGGACUUCUGGGCCAGGGAAACUUUAUUUGCAUCAUUGCCACUCUCUGCACACUGAGACCUUCUUCCAAGAGCUGUUUUAUCUUUCUAAAGCCACGCUUGCUCCAAGAUUUUCUACACCCUGCCCCCCAUUCACCAGGAGAAAAUACAUUGAAAUAAGAAAACUAAACAACAUGAUGGGCAGAUAAGCCACUUCUAAGCUACCGAGAUGCUGAGCCAUGCUAUGCUGUUCUCCUAAAAGAGAGAGGUUCUCUUCACUCUAAUAUGGCUUCAAUUGCCUUUUCUGACCUGCAAACUCAUCUUGGCACGUACAUUAUGAACUACUGUAGCUGUGGAAAUGGCUUUCUGACAUAAAAUAGGACGACAAAUUCCAGCUACCACCUCUAGUGCAGAACUCAUCUUUGUAAAUAAUGUCAGUGGGGAAAUGAAUAAACAUGGCUAUCGGGUCCCAGAGAAGGGCACUGCCAUUGUCCUAGGGGGUCAGAGAAGGCAUUCUUGAGGGGGAUCUGCUAAAGGUUCCCCAAGGAGUGAAAGAACUUCUCAAAUUGGGAAGAGGAAGAUGUUAGUGAUGGAACUAGUAUUGUAGGAGGAGGGAGCAGCGAGGAUUAAAGUAUGUGGGAUCACAGGCGGUUCCACAGGGCUGGAGAACAAGAUGCUGGGUGUGGGUGCCUGGAGGAGUAGGCAAGGGCUAGAUCAUGAAAGGUCUUAUAGGACAUAGGAAUCUGUUCUGAAUACCAUUGGUGGAAAGUGGGUUGAGGCAAGGGAACUCUGUUUUCAAUAAUCACUUUGGGCACAAAAUGGAGAAUGGAGUUAAGGAAAUAGAUUCAACUCUGGGAGCCUGGCUAGGAGGCUGGUGUAACAACAUAGGCAAGAGAUGAUGGGGGCCUGGCUGGGGGUGUGGAUUAGCAUUAGGGAUGGAGAGAAGUGGAUCGAUUCAACCAGCAGAAGGUGGAGGUGGAUUGUCUGUCAGCAGGGCAGGGAGGGAGGAGUUGAGGAUGACACCAAGUUUAUGGUUUGGGCAUCGGAGUGGAUUUUGAUAUUGAAUAAGGGAUUCAAAAGGAAGAAGAUAUGGGGAGGAAGGUAACAAUAUAAAUAUUGGUUCCUGGUGGGCCACUGGACACAGGAAUUCAUAAUUCAGCAAAGAGAUCUAGGAUGAAGAUGGAGUUUGGGAGCCAUCCUUUGGCUAGAUGGUCAUCAAAGGCACGGGAAGUAAGAGCCUCCUGCAUGAGAAUGUGAGAGUGGGAAGAAGAGUAGGUGAAUGUGGAAUGGUGCUAUUUAAAAGAUUUUAGAUGCAGCCAUAAAAAUGCAAAAAUAAAAUAAAAUAAAAUAAUAA